GAAAAAAGUAAUACAUGAAAAGGUUUUUUUACAAUAACAAAAAUAGAUCUUUUAAAUUCAAUUUUCUGGUUACGACUUCUUGUCAUCCUACCAAUUUUCUUUCAUCGCGAGCUAACGCAGUUGCGGACUUACCCUUUACACUUCACCCAAUUUUGACGGCUUAAUCCUGUGUCAAAAUGGCUGAAGGCACUGGCCAGAGGCCGUUAACGCCUUUGUCACAAGCAUUUUUAUCAACUAAUACCCUCUCCCCUGCUUCUUCUCCUUUGGGCUUUCAUUCCGAUCUGUCCUCGCUUCGCAAAAAGAGAGGAAAUUUGUUUCCUAAAUUGGAUGAGUUAAAUGGUAACCCAGAGGAAGAACAACGAGGAGUGAACAUGGCUACGAAUCCUAACUAUUUUGAUUUACGUUGGGGUCAAGAUCGCUCAGGAUUUCCCGGAUCCACUGUAAGCACCCCAGGAAUUGGUGGACCAGUGCCAUAUUCUCAUAUGGGUGCCGAAGACUUUAUACCGGAGGGUGCUUCCACUGCUUUACCCAGCUCUUUACAACAAAUGCUGGAUCCUGAGACAAGUGGAAAUUCUAAUAAUUCCUUGAAAACACGUCGUACCAGACUUCAAGCAGCUUGGAAGGAAGCAAGCAAUUCUGCAGGCCUCACACUACAUUCAGCAACUCCCUACGAUGUGUUGAACAAUGGGGGCCCUGCUACUACUUCUGUUCUGUCCUCCACUACCCACCCAUUGGAGGGAAUGCUUUCUUAUGAUGAUAAUGCUAAUUCUCUUGCCUCUUCUGCUGCGAAUGCUUCGGGUACGAAUAUUUCCAAAAAUAUGGGCAACUCCCAAAUCUUACCUCCCGCCCAAGAAACCGAAGAAGAAACUAUCCCCACUGCUAUCGUUAUUAAAAAUAUCCCUUUUUCUCUCAAAAAGGAGGUUUUGUUUAGGGUAUUUACAGCAUUGGAUAUUCCUCGUCCAUACGCUUUUAACUAUCAUUUUGAUAAUGGAGUCUUUCGCGGACUUGCUUUUGCAAAUUUCCACACUCCAGAGGAAGCAAAGACUGUAGUUCAGGUUCUAAAUGGUUAUGAAAUUACUGGACGACGUCUUCGUGUUGAAUGGAAACGUCAACUUCCUCCUGCCGAGCGCGAGCGCGUCGAACGUGGUAAGCAAGAAAAACGAGCUGUAGAAGAACGUAAGCAACAGUUGAAGCUCCCAUUUUCUGUAGUCAAUCUAGGCGUUGGUGUCGAUUUUGAUUUGAACGAUCCCGCCGUCUUGAAUGUUUACUCACACAUUCUUCUAUUUUAUCAUCGCACGGAUAAUCCCGGUGACCUUGUGUUUGACUCCACCACGAGCCACGAGGAGCGUCGUGUAGCCGCUCUAUUGGCUUCUCGCAUGAAUCUGAACUAUUCCGUAACUGGUGAUGCUGAUUCAAAGCAAGUUGUAAUUACCUCUGGUAAUCAUCAAGUCUCUGGAAUCCAUUCAUCCAGUGCCAAUCAAUCUCCGGCAAUGUCCAAUGCUCAUAUCCCUAAUGAUUUACAAUCAUCGUCCUCGGGAAUGAAUGAUAUGUCUAAUAUGGGGUCUUCAGCAACACUACAAAACCCACUCGCGUCUUCUGGCAUUUUUGAAAAUAAUCCUUUUUCUGGAUCUACGCUGUCUUCCAAUUUUUCCAGUCUAAGAAGACCAGCCCCUUCAUUGCACCUUGCGGAUAGCAUACGGUCAUUGCGUGGAAUAUCUUCAGAUGCCAAGUCAUUUUCUGACAUUCGCAGUAUGCCUGCUACACCUUUGGAGCUCUCUUCUCAAUUUUCAAGCAUGAAUGUAUCUUCCCCGUUGGAACGAGGUUUAGGAACUUCUUCUGGUGCGUUAAACGGAAAUUCUGAUUAUUUUAGCAACCCUCAGCCAUCUUCAGCCGGUGUAGUUGGAUCAAAGCCUCAACCAAAAAAUGAACAUUAAAGCUUUUCCAUCAGUCAUCUAUGAGUGAAUUCACGAUGUGUGAUAAAAUUAUUGCAUCUCAAUUUAAUGUCUUUUUAAGAGAUUAAGUAUAGCAAACUCGAUGUCUAAUGACUUGAUUUUACGAUAUGAGUCACAAAAUAAAAAAAAAAUUCAUGCCUUUUUACUUAUGAAUUAUAUGGGAAAUUUAUGUAUUUAAAAGCGAACUUUGGAUUUGCUUUGUCUGUACUCGUGAAUGAUACUGACGGAAAGAUAAUUCUUUCAUUGAUUUUUGACGAAUUUUUUGAAUGUCCGGAUUGGAUAUAAUAACGGCUUGUUUGCUCUAAUUCCCGUUUCUUUGCUUGUACAAUUUGCAGAAAUGUGAAAGCUGAAAAUUAGUGAUUUCUUGGUUCUAAUUGCUUUUUUGUUAUGCUACGUUUUACUGUUUUUCGCGCGCAAGGCGUUGUCUUGCUUAUACAUAUGCUUCGAGAUCAUUAUCGACGAAGGAAAAUUGUUUAUGUAGGUCUUGUUAGGAUUAUUUUCCAUUUAAUGAAGCAUAGAAUAUAUAGUAUAAAAAAAUGGUGUCUAAUUGACCGAAGUACAUAGUCUUCUACUAUGGACUGAUAUGUUGAAGAAAAUUUAGGUAUAUUUCUGGGGUACAUAGGUUCGUGAGAUGAUGCUUUUUUGUUUGAAAAAAAAUAUUGAGGCUUUUGUUUUGCCAUAAAUGGUUGUCAAUUUUUUAUUUUUAGAUAUUCCGCAAGAAAAACUACAAUAUGAACGAUAUUUUCUGGACGAAAUGGAUAAUGUUGAAGAAGUAUGUAGAAGGUUUCCUAUUGCUCUUGUCAGAGACUAAAGUGUUUGUAUUGAGAGAAACAGGUACUACAUCUUGUUGAAUGAAGGAAAAGGAAAGUCACUAACACUGCUGAAUCAUUCGUGUCUUCUAUAAUGUCCCCUUCCAUGGUGUUGGUUUCAUUGGUUUCGUCCAAGUUCACCAUCAGUGACUGACCGUUCCUAAUUAUGCAAAUAGCGUUGGUAGAGGAAGGAAUCCUGUUGUAAUGGCAUUCGGAUUCUUCCUUUACUUAGCUAAAGGGAGAGACGCCAGAAAUAAUGUUGCAAGGUACCAGGAAUCAUUAAUUCCCAAGCGUAAAGUGUCUGAAAAUCUCUACCUACAUAUUUACACCAGAAAGACAAAAACAAAUAAUUUUCUUUACUCACUUAAACAAACG